GACUGGAGAAACCCGAACCUCCAGCAUGGUGAACAGGAGGCGACACGGCUCACGCGCACAUUCACACCCGCGCCGCAACCCUCCACCAGCCCAGACUCUGAGACAACCAGCAGUCUUUGCUAAAGCAUCGGGCUCUGAUUCUGAUGUCCCUCAUGAUAAGCUGACCUUAGCCCAGGCCCGGCGGGGAACUCCCGCUCACCGGCCUGUGAGAGUCUAUGCUGAUGGAAUCUUUGACCUCUUCCACUCCGGCCAUGCACGAGCUCUAAUGCAAGCCAAGAAUCUGUUCCCCAACACACGCUUGAUUGUUGGAGUUUGUAAUGACGAGCUGACACAUAAGUAUAAAGGCUACACAGUGAUGACUGAAGCUGAGCGCUACGAGGCCCUCAUCCACUGCCGCUACGUAGAUGAGGUGGUCCGCAAUGCCCCGUGGACCCUCACACCUGAGUUCCUGAAAAAGCAUAGGAUUGACUUUGUAGCCCAUGAUGAUAUCCCGUACACUUCUGCUGGAUCAGAUGAUGUCUAUAAACAUAUCAAAGCGGCAGGAAUGUUUGUAGCCACUCAGAGGACAGAAGGCAUCUCCACCUCUGACCUUAUCACACGCAUAGUCAGAGACUAUGACGUCUACGUCAGACGGAACCUUCAGAGAGGCUACACAGCCCGGGAACUGAAUGUUGGUUUUAUCAAUGAGAAAAAGUAUCGUCUGCAGAACCAGGUGGAUAAGAUGAAGGAGACGGUGAGGACGGUGGAGGAGAAGUCCAAACACUUAGUGCACCGUGUAGAGGAGAAGAGCCAUGACCUCAUCUUCAAAUGGGAGGAGAAAUCCAGAGAGUUUAUUGGGAACUUCUUGGAACUCUUUGGUCCUGAUGGAGCAUGGCAUAUGAUCCAAGAGAGGAGUGGUCGUGUGCUCCAGGCUCUGUCUCCAUACCAGUCUCCCCGCAGCUCACCCAGCAGCAGCCCCACUAGAGGGCGCUCUUGCUCUCCCCCAUCUUACUGACCCAUAUCAACCAUAUCUAAUGGAGCCCAUCUGUAGCAGUGUUGAAGACACACACACACACACACACACACACACAUAUAUAUAUAUAUGUAGAGAGAGAGAGAGAGAGGCAGCAAAAAGUAUUUGGACUCUAUAACUCUUUAACCAUUUCUGAAAAUCUUCAGUUACAUAAUAAAAUAGUUGGCAAAAUGAAUAUUUGUUUCUGAGAGAAACACUUUUAGCACAACAUCAAACUAAUGGUUUAGUUUGUGGCUGGACAAAAAAAAUCUAACCAGACUGCAACAACAGUUCUGUAAGGUGCAGAUGUGGAAAUGACAAAGCUUGGGCCUGUUUCUCUUGUGUUUAUGGAAUCAUUCAUUGAGAAGCAUUUAAAGACAUUUGGGGUGCAAAGUCUGCAAGGAAACUACUUAAGCGAUAAUGAUCUGAAACACACCAGCCCUGUUUUGAAAGUGCCAAAAAAUGCCACUCGGUUUUAUGUUUUGUCUCCUCACACAACAAACUUAAUAUAUUUUUAAGUAUGGAACAAAUGUCCAAAUACUUUUUGUCCAAAUAUGUGAGAUCACAUUUUUCUCUGAAACCUGGAACAGCAAAUUUUAGAAUUCUGAAAAUUUUAAAACAAGUUAUGACAAAAUGAAGAACAACUUUUUCUGCGCUAUUUCUAGGUCACUAUUUACACUGGAGCAAAUUUGUGAAACUCACCAUUUUAAGUACAAAAACAGCGGAUUUUAGACAGCUCCCAGCUGGAUUUCAUCUACUGAUCUGAGGCUUUUGCUCAGACUUAUGGAAUUCAUGCCAGCUUGAGGACACAUUAAAGCAAAAAGGGGACCGAAUACCAAAUACUAAGAAAUUCUGAAUUUCAUAAAAACAUUCAGAUUCUACUUUUCACUCAAAUUGUUAUGCUAAUAGCAUAAUUUGUAAUGAAAAACUCUGUAUUAGAUUUAAAAGAAUGCAAAAUAGAAGCAUUUUAACAGUGGUUUCAGACAUUUGGACCCCACUGUGUGUAUACAAACACACAUACAAACAUGUAGACAAAUACGCACUCACACAAAACCUGUUUGCUGCAUUCCAGUAUCACUGUUUGUUUAGAACCUAAAGCACUGCCUGUGAAAUUACAUUGACACUACGUUGUAAUUUUGAUACGUUACUAAGAUGAUUGGUAUUUAUUGAUGUGAUUUUGUAUUUAUUGAUUCUGUUGAGCAACUCAAUCAGGUGUACUUCAAUGAGCUCCAACAUUUGUAAUUCUAUGCUUUUAAAAAUGUAAUAAACCACAACUCUUUAUUAA